GCGGGGCGUUGUUCUUCCAUAAUGAGACACUUUAUAACACAACGUCAGUGCUGGCAUCAAUCUAGUGAGAAGGAGCUUUCCGGACGGAGGAACUACUGCAGGUUGACUCUUUUUUGGGGGGAAGAACUUCUUUUCUGCUUUUUGUGAGCCCAAACUCGCUCUGUCGGAAUAGUCGCGCUUUGCUUGAAACUGCCCGUGAAGAUGCUGAUCUUACUACUGGGAAUCAUCCUGCUGCACAUUGCUGCACUGGUUCUGCUCUUUGUGUCAACAAUUGUCAGCGCAUGGACCACAGGGACAGGCAGCACCUCAGACCUGUGGGUCAACUGUACCACUUCAUGUGUUCCGGCAUCAACUGGAGAGUGGAUCCAGGCUGUCCAGGCUCUCAUGAUCCUCUCCAUUAUCUUCAGCUGUUUGUCUCUCUUCCUCUUCUUCUGCCAGCUCUUCACCUUGCAGAAGGGUGGACGCUUCUUCCUUACCGGAACCUUCCAGAUCAUUGCGAGCUUGUUUGUGAUGAGUGGAGCCAUCAUCUACACGGUGAAGAGUCCACAGUGGGUGCAGAAGGAGGACACCUUCGGUUACUCGUACAUCCUGGCUUGGGUGGCCUUCCCCCUGGCGCUCAUCAGCGGACUCAUCUACGUCAUCUUAAGGAAGCGGGAAUGAUCCCGGUAACUGCAAACCCCCUCCUCCAAAGUCACAAGGCGUUGGACCAGCAGCCUGGGAGUAAUACCAUAAAUCAUCAAAAUAAUGUCUCAUUUCAAAGAUGUAUAUAGUAUCUGUGGUUUAAAACAUAUUUAUAACACUUUUUACAUAUAUGUACAUAGUUUUUGUGUUGCUCUGUCAGUGAAUACUACAGGUUUUGUUUGAGCAGAUUAAGUGCCUGAGUCUUUGUUUGUUAUAACGAAAUAAUUUACGCUAUUUUUGUUGUGAGGUUUUGUUAUUGCCAAACUAUUGCAAAAAAUGAGUGUAGUAACGUGAGUGCAUGUAUAGAUUUAGAGGGUUGAAGCAGACUUGCUUUACAAAUAGAGUGGUAACAUCCAUGGAUUUAGUGCAGCCAUUAAAAUUAGAUUUGGUUCCUUUUAUUAUUUGUGAAUUUGGACAUUUUUUUUCAGUAUUUUUCUAUUUUUUUUUUUGUUUUGAACAAAAGAUGGUGCUAUGUAUUAAUCAUUCCUAUUACUGGUAGUGAUCAUUUUCGGUAGAACAGCUUGAAGUUAAUGGGACAGAGGAACGCUUGUGCCUGACUGCUUCUUGAGGGAACGCAGCUUAUUUCACUUUGCUGUGUCAGGUUUUUCCUGUUUUUUUAUAAUUAUUAUUCUUAAUCAGCUACUGUAAAAAUAAUCAACUUUUAUGAAACCAAAGAUAUUGGAAUGUCAGUAUUAUAAUUGGAUAACAAACCAUCAUUCUGUUAAGACUUUGGUAUUAUAGCCAAAUAAAAUGUAUGGAGACAGUUUUGUGUCAAACUAAACACCACAAAGCCAUAUGGAAAAUCACCAGAAGAAAGGUUUGCAGUGAUGAUAAAAAUGUUUCAGAUACUUGAAGUUUGAAAUGCUGCAGUCUUUACCCUCUGAUAGCUAAAUGUUUUUCUUUUUAAGCUACGUUCACACUGGUCAUGAUAACGUGCGUUCAAGCGACCAUAUUCAAUGAUAAAUCUAUGUAAGUGUGCGUGUAUUUGGGCUUUCUGGUUCACGUGUAGACUACGCAAGUUUCUACGACUGUUUUGGGGCCCUACGUACAGAACACAUAGCGAUUGAUAAAACAGGUUGACGUUUGACCAAUCAGGGGCUCAGAUUUGCUAGUGACGUUUGGAUGGCGUUCCUUUGAAUUCAUGGAAGUGGAAGAGAAAUUAAUAGUUGCGGUUUGUGAACGGCGGACAUGCGCUAGUAAACAGUAGAAAUCAAGUUCAAUCAAACUUUUUUGUGUAAAGCACUUUUCCGACUACAGUAGUGCUUCAGAUAAAACAUUUUUUUCAAUUUUAAAAAUAAAAAGUAAACAAAAAUGAAAAUGCCCCCUCACGAACACACACUCUCAACGAGGGCCAAUAAUUCCCAGAAUCGAUUCAAUUUGAUUCAAUUCAAUUUUGAGUUUACACAAUUAACACAUUUACUUAGAAAUACAUUAUUUAUCUAUAAAUGUUUUGAAGAUAUUUAAAUUAAUUCAAUACAAUUCACAUGUAAAAUUAAUUAGUGAAAUAAUAAUGAGAUUGUUAAUACCAUACAGAGUUACAUGAAUUCUCAAACAGAGAAGCUCCAACUAUUGUUCUGCCUCUCCUGGAGGGCGUUUCAGUUUGGCCACUAGGUGGCGAACGUGCUAUAACAUUACACCUUAUUCCAGAAGAUGAAGAAAGUUUGAGCACAAAACAGAUUUAGACCAUAAAUGGUUAUUUUUUAAAAAUAUUACCUUAAAAGAGUUUGGAAAAUUCAUGCUUGUGAGUUUAUAAAGAUGUUCAUUUAGUCAGCAAUGUAUGUUUACGUAGACUAAGUGUUAGCAUUAGCCGUCCUAUGGGAAAUCCCAUUAUAUGUUAGCAUCAAGCUAGCAGACAUUAGCAUUAUGCGUCUGAUCGAUCUCUACGUUUAUGGAUCGAUUAUUGAUCUAUUAAGCUUAGAUUGAUUCGGAGUGAUUAAUCAAUUUUAUCAACCAAGCCCAACAACGUAAUAAAAAAUAAAAAAAGAUGCAAAAUUUAAAUCUGGCUUUAUACUUAAGUGGGGAAACAAUGUUUUAAGGACAUGUCCGCAUCAGAGAACCCCCCUCCCCCUCAUGUUUACAGAAGAUGCUAGCACAGGAUCCCCCAGAUCAAAGAAAAAGAAGAAGCCCCUCCCUGUUUGUUCAGUGUAAACACCAUAUGCUAAACACGCGUUCAACAACCCAAAAAAUGGCCAGAGUGAACGUAGCUUAGCACUAUAAAUUCUGUUAUUAAUAAAAUUCUUUGUGAGAAUAAAGGAUGAAGUAAAUAUCUGUCACUGUAUUUACCCUUCUACGAGGGAAUGGAUCCAUGCUAACUCUUGAUGCUAACAUUUUCAGAACAUCAUUUUCUAGAUGUUUUUGUCAAUCCUGUAAUCUCGCCACGCAGGAAAGGAAAACCUUAGAAUAUGAAGCUAAAGUGUUGGCAAAUAUCUAAAAAUACAGCACAAAGCUUGAACGCUGAAAUGCAACUAUGGGAAUUUCUGCCCCCAAGUUCCACACUAUGGUGUGUUGGUGGAUCAAAUUAGUGGCCUUGUGCAAAUGGUUGCAAAAUGCUGUGUGUGGCUAGUGUCACCCUCUCCGGGGUAGAGGUACGGCGCUCUACGCCAGCUAUUCCAACCACGCAGCUCCUGUUUCAGUCCAGCAUGCCUCUCGUGACAUCACAUGUUAGAGGACUUGUUGGAACACAAGGAGUGAGUCCUCCACUUGACGUCUCCCUGUAAAAAAUCCUCCAGGAAAGAGCAGCUCUGUGGGUUUAAGUGUGUCUGUCUGCAGCCGCACUGGCAGGCCUGCUGGGGUCUGCAGCUCACAGUCGGGUCCAGUUGGAAGAGGAAAUCUCUGAUGACAGCUGUCCUCUUUUCUGUUCAUUACAAAGCUUUCAAUUGUCAACACUGUUUACACUUAAACUCCCACCUGUCUGUCUUGUUACCAAAACUACUUUGAAUUUAAUCAUUAAAGGAUGUUUCUUACCACCAACA